AUGAACGGUGGAUUGUGUCUGCGGGACGUGGCUAGAAACGCCCGUCACUUAACUACUGGCUUCAGAUGUCUUUCGACAAGAGUGAAGGCAGAUUUCGUCAAAUUGACCACACCUAACGGUUUUACAUAUGAACAGCCUACAGGACUGUUCAUCAACAAUGAGUUUAUCAAAUCCCAAGGCGGAGAGACAAUUUCGGUGGAGGACCCUGCAACCGGUAAAAAGCUCGUUGACGUGCAAUCGGGAACCAAGGAUGACACUAACUAUGCAGUGGACUGCGCAGACAAGGCUUUCAAGACUUCCUGGUCUACACAAGAUCCCAAAGAAAGAGCGCGUGUCAUGUUCAAGCUAGCAGACCUCAUGGAGCAAAAGAAAGAUCUCAUCGCUUCUAUUGAGUCCAUGGACAACGGAAAAGCCCUCAGACUGGCAAAGGGCGACGUACAGAUCUCGAUCGACUUCAUUCGCUCGUCUGCCGGCCUGGCAGAUAAGUUGGAUGGUAGAAGCAUUAACACAGGCGACGGCUACGUCAACUACACAAUCAGAGAGCCAGUCGGUGUGUGCGGCCAGAUCAUACCCUGGAACUUCCCAUUGAUGAUGCUGACCUGGAAAAUCGCACCUGCUUUGGCUGCUGGUAACACCCUCGUCUUGAAACCCGCCUCGCCAACACCUUUGAAUGCCCUUUACUUUGCUUCUCUUUGCCAAGAAGCUGGUGUUCCUGCCGGUGUUGUGAACAUCAUUCCAGGACCCGGCAGAGGUGUCGGUGAAACUUUGACCACCCAUCCUAAGAUCAGAAAGAUUGCCUUCACAGGUUCCACGGGUACCGGUAAAGGUAUUGCCAUUAAAGCCGCAGAGUCCAACUUGAAGAAGGUCACUUUGGAAUUGGGAGGAAAAUCUGCUCAUUUGGUUUUCGACGACGCUAACAUUGAAAAGACUUUGCCUAACUUGGUUAACGGUAUUUUUUUGAAUGCCGGCCAGAUUUGCUCAUCGGGAUCCAGAAUCUACGUCCAAGAGGGUAUCUACGACAAACUACUUCCAGCUCUUCAGAAAUACGUCGAAGAAAAAGUCACUGUGGGCUCUCCAUUCGAUGAAACGAAAUUUCAGGGUGCCAUCAACAACAAGAUGCAAUUUGACACCAUCAUGAAAUACAUCGCUAUUGGCAAAGACGAAGGGGCUAAGAUUCUAACCGGUGGCGAAAGCAUUGGCAAAGACGGUUACUUUGUCAAGCCAACCAUCUUCUACGAUGUCCGUGAAGACAUGAGAAUUGUCAAGGAGGAAAUUUUUGGUCCAGUGGUGACUAUCUCUAAAUUCAAGACAAUUGAAGAUGGUGUGGCCAUGGCCAACGACUCCGAAUUCGGUCUAGGAUCCGGUGUCCAGACUGAAAGUGUUUCAACUGCUUUGAAGGUCUCUAAGAUGUUGAAGGCCGGUACUGUGUGGGUCAACACCUAUAACGACUUCCACUCCGCUGUCCCAUUCGGCGGUGUGAAGCAAUCUGGCUAUGGUAGAGAAAUGGGUAUCGAAGCCUUCGAAGCAUACACAUCUGUCAAAGCCGUCAGAAUAAAGUUUGAGUGA